AGAGACCUCGAGGGAUGCGUCCGCCCGCAGACAGCUGCGGACCCCGGGCCCCCGACACCUGACCGUCCAGGGGCCGAGUCGCUCGCAGGGACGCCGGCUCCUCAGCUCUCGCCCAACACGCACGGCGCGUGGCCAGACGGCCUCCGGGUUUGGGUACCAGGAGUCGCGCCGAUGGAUUUGCGCCGCGGCGCGGCCCUGAUUCAGAAGAGCAGGAGUCUGUCCUGGCUCCGUCCACGCCCCCGAUCGACGGUGGUGUUGAGCUGGUCAAGUCCCGGGUCUGCCCACGUUAAUCCAAGCCGCUUAGCUCCGCGCCUCGGCGGCCACAGACACACGCAGUUACACCUGCUGGCCAGACUCCGGUCCACUGAGUCUGAGCCGGAAGCAGCCCUGCACUGGCGCACGCGACUAAGGCCGGGAGUGCGGCGCAUGCGGAAGUGCGUCAUACCUCGAGGAGCCAGGACGCGACGGCGCCGGAAAAACUACGUCUCCCACAAUCCUCUGAGAAGGCGUCCCUGUUCAGCAGCUGGCUUGCCGUUACCGCGGAUCUAGAGUGGGCACAGCCUGACGAGAACCGAGGGCUGGGAGGGGGCUCUGCCAGCGGCACCGGGUCCACCCUCCCCCGGCUGCACCAGGUUCAGUACCACCCGCAGAGCUCGGACUCCCAGUUUCCCAGGCCCUGUAGAACUGACUCAGAGCCCGACGCCAGCAGAGACGCAGGUGUGCUGAGGUCUUGAUAUCAAACGAGGAAACAAGCAAGGAUGUCUGCUUUCAACAUUUCUGUUCAACGUUGUACUGGAUGUUCUAGUUGGUGCAGUCAAGUAAAAGAAAAGAGAAGAAAGUAUGCAAAUUGGAAAAAAAGUAAAACUGCCUUGGUAGUCACAGAUGACAUAAUCCCAUAUAUAGAAAAUUUCAAGGAAUCACCGGGUGCCGUGGCCCAUGCCUAUAAUCCCAACACUUUGGGAGGCUGAGGUGGGUGGAUCGCAAGGUCGGGAGAUCGAGACAUCCUGGCUAACACAGUGAAACUCCAUCUCUACUAAAAGUAUAUAAAAUUAGCUGGGGAUGUGGCACACACCUGUAGUCCCAGCUACUCGGGAAGCUGAGGCAGGAGAAUCACUUGAGACAGAGGUUGCAGUGAGCUGAGCAACAGAAUGAGACUCUGCCUCAAAAAAGUAAAAGAGAAAAGAAAAAUUCAAGGAAUCAAUAAUAAUAAAACUACUGAAACUAAUAAAUGAUAUUAGCAUGCUCAAAAAUUAUAUGUCUAUAUACUAGCAAUGAAUAAUCUUAAAAUGAAGUUGAGUAAACAAUUUCUUUCACACUAUCAAAAAUAAUAAUAGUAAUAAAUUUAAUAAAAGAAGUAAAAA